AUGUGUAAUACAACACCUGAUAUUUUUGUUUUUCUUUGCCUGUCCUCUUUUUCUCUUUUCUUUCUUUGUCCUAUUUCUCAUUAUAUUCUAUCAUUCUCUCUAUGUGUACUUUCUCUUAUCUUUCUUCUCUCUUUCUCAUUCUCUCUGUCCUCUCUCUUGCUUAUUUCUUUCAUCUCUUUCUUUUCUUUUCUUUUCUGUCUCCUCUCAUUCUUCCACUCUGUGCUCUUUCUCUCUUCUCACUGUUUUUUUUUCUUUCUCCCUCUAGCUGUCCUCAUUUUAGCUUAUUAUUUUUCUCUUUCUCCAUGUCUGUCCUCUUUCUCGCUUCUCUCUUGCUCUGCCUCCUUUUCUCCUGUGUUCUCUUUCUCAGUUCUCUAUUCACUAUUCUCUCUUCUUUAUUUUCUCAUUCUCUCUAUCCUCUUUCUUUCUUUCUUUCUUUCUUUCUUUCUUUCUUUCUUUCUUUCUUUGCACUGUCCUCUUUUUCUCUUUUCUUUCCUUUCUUUGUCCUCCUCCUGUCUACAUUGUUCUAUCAUUCUCUCUCUCUUUCUCUGUGCACUCUCUUUUAACUUUCUUCCCUCUUUUUCGCUCCCUCUUGCUCAGCUCUUCUAUAUCUCCUUAUCUCGCUUUUUCUUUUCUCAUUCUUUCACUCUGUCCUCUUUUCUCACUGCUUUCUUAUUCGCGCCUUUUUUUCUCUCUUUCUCUCUCUGCCCUCAUUCUCGCUUAUUUCUUCUCUAUUUCUCCAUGUGUGCCCGUUUCUCGCCCCUCUCUCUGUCUGCCCCUUUUGUCUCCUGCUUUCUCCUUUUGUUUACUUUUCUUUAUUUUCUCUGUCCUCCUUUUCCCCGCUCUCUUUGUCCCAUUUAUCUAUCCACUUUUUUUCUUUCUUUCUUUCUUUCUUUCUUUCUUUCUUUCUUUCUUUCUUUGCUCUAUUUCUCUAUCUCUUAUUUUUUUCUGCCUUUUUCAUUUUUCUUCUCCCUACCUGUUACCUAUUUUUCACUCUUUCUCUGUUUUAUUCCUUUCCUAUCACAUUCCAUCUUUCUCUUUUUUAUUAUCUGUUUUUGUCUAUAA